CGUGGGGUACUGCAAUUUUAUUUAUUUUUUUGUUCGCGAACUCCUAAAAGUAUUCAAAAUUUCUAUUAUAUUUUAUCCAAUACAAGUACCAGUGCUUGUCCCUGUGUUGUUCAUAAAGUUAUUAAGUCUAAUAUGUUAUUGGGAAGUUGAAGGGUGUAUACUUCGAGUCUACAUCAAUCAUAAGAACCAUGGAGGUGACGCACACCUUGAUGCUGAAUGAGGCAGCACUCCAGCAGCUGCCUGAUGACAAGAAGCCACAUUUCAUAUUUGAGUGGCUUCGAUUCCUUGAUAAAGUAUUGGUUGCAGCAGAUAAGACAGACAUCAAGAACUGUCAACAGAAGCUAGUAGCGCAACUGGUGAACCUACUCCGAGAGUCUCUCGGGCCUCCAGCGCGUCGUCUGCUAGCUAGAUGUCUGGCCACCCUGUUCUCCGUUGGGGACACAUUCCUGUUGUUCGAUACAGUUAACAAAUGUAAUGACAUCAUCAAGGUGAAGGAUGACUCGCCAUCGUACUUGCCGACUAGAUUGGCUGCGAUAUGCUGUCUGGGCAGUAUGUACGAGAAACUCGGCCGGAUGAUGGGAAGAUCUUACGAGGAGACUGUGACAACCCUAAUCAGAUCGUUGAAGAGUGCCGAGUCGCAAACUAGACUAGAGAUCAUGAAUACUCUUGAGAAGAUCUGUGUGGGCAUGGGCACGGCAGCUCCGGCGGCGGUGCGCGAGGUGUCCCGCGCCGCACGCGCCGCGUUGUUAUCUGACCGCGCGGCGCCCGUGCGCGCCGCCUCUGCGCAUGCGCUACGAAACAUCCUACCGCUGAUGAAGCUCACGCCCGCCGACCUUGACGCCAUAGCUGCUGCGUGCUUGAGGGCCGCGCAUCCCAGUGACUACACUUUGAGGUGUGCUAUUGCGGAACUUCUGGGCGCUCUUAUAGCGACAACCCAAGCCGGAGAAGCGACUAACAUGAAUAAUAAGAUGAAAAUGGGCCAAUCAGUCCAACAAAACAAAAAAGAUUCACAGAAGAACGUAGUAUCAUUGGACGAGGCGCUGAACCUACUGAUGGGGGCUUUCCUUAGAGGAGGUACCUCGUUCCUCAAGGGGGAAAUCAUCAAAACAGGCUCAGGAGUUAACCGGGAAGUGAGAGUUUGUGUGACGCAUGCUUACGUAGUCUUCGUGCAGAAUAUGGGCGGAGUGUGGUUGGAGCGGAAUAUGACCACGUUCCUGAACCACGUGUUGGACUUGGUCGCCAAUCCCAAGGCAGCGAGCUCGCAUGUCGAUGCUGUGUAUUCCAGAAAGUGCAUUAACUACAUACUGCGCAACACGCUCGGCAAAAUGUUGGGCGAAAAAGCGCAAGCCUCGGCGUGCAGAGAGAUCAUACAGAUCGUCAUAAAGCAAAUGAACAGCAUCGACUUCAACCCGGAAAAUGCUAAGGAUUGUAAUCAGGAGACAUUAUUCAGCCAGCAUUUGUUGGUGUGCGCGUUGAUGGAGGCGGGCGAGCUCGCGCUACAGCUCGGCACUUCAGUGCAGAACCUCGUCUCUGACACAUCUCUGAACAUGGUCGACGCUAUCUUUACCGUAAGUCUAAUUUGGGUUGAAUCAUGUAAAUAUUUGACCCUUAUAGUGGCGCUGCCCGCGCUGCUGGCGCCGCUGCUCGACCGCUGUCUCGACGCGCUCGACCACCAGCGCCCCACGCCACACCACAUUUCCGGUUACUCAGCAGCCAUAGCGGCUAUUCUCGGCGCGGUCCAACUGUCGCCCCUCGGUGUACCACACGGGCGAGGCAAGAUCGCAUUCAACGCGGCCGAGCAACUACUACGAUCGGCCGGACAAAGCAGCAGGCUCACCGCUGCCAGGACCAAUGCUGGUUGGCUCAUCGUCGGAGCUAUUUGUACGCUAGGUGUGCCCGUUGUCCGGGGACUUCUGCCUCGAAUGUUACUAUUGUGGAGAAACAGCUUCCCAAGGUCGGCUAAGGAAUUAGAAUCGGAGAAAUCCAGAGGAGACGCUUUCACUUGGCAGGUGACAUUGGAGGGUCGCGCCGGAGCGCUUUCAGCCUUGCAUAGUUUGCUCAUUCACUGUCCAUCACUGGUGAACAGCGAUGAUACUGCCAAACGAUUGACACAGCCCAUCGAUGGAGCCAUUGCUGUUCUUACCAACGUGAGCAGCGUGGUGCGCAGCUACGGCGGGUCGCUGAAGGCGCCGGCGGCGCUGCUGCGGCUGCGGCUGUACCAGGCGUGCGGCGCGCACCCCGCGCCCGCGCCCGCGCCCGCGCCGCCGCUGCUGCGCCUGCUCGCCGCCGAGCUCGCCGGCGCCGCCGACCCCAGCGGCGCCAACACGCACACCGGAUUACUAAGAAAUGCAAUGCAUCCCCGUGACACCAUUUUAUUAGGAGAAGAAGGCUGGAUAUACGAUACAGAUCAUGCCGACAUUGAGGAACAGUUGACGUCGCCGCUGAGCGCGAGCGGCUCGUCGGCGCUGGAGCACGACCCGUGCUGCCUGUACCGCGGCAGUGCGGGCGCGCCGCCGCUGGGCGUGGCCGUCAUCGACGCCGCCGUCAUGCUGUUCCCGCAGAUAUUCGCACGCGCCGCCAACAAGCACAGACAGCAAAUGCUGGAGCACUUCGCGGAGUGCAUCAAGAUGUCGAAGGGCGCGCGGCAGGAGGCGAUCCAGGUGAACGUGUACACCGCCUUACUGCUGGCGCUGCGCACACUCGCCGAACACAAGAGCUCGCUCGGACAGGAGCCGGUCAAGAACAUCGCCACAGAUCUCAUUCUUGGCGGUCUAUCAUCAAAUGUGGUACCAGUACGCGCCGGCGCGGCUGCAUGCGCGGGCCGCCUGUGCCUGGUGGUGUCGGAGGCGGAGGCGCAGGCGCUGUCGGAGCGCGUGCUGGCCGUGGCGCGGGGCGGCGGCGCGGGCGCGGGGGCAGGGCGGGGAGCCCGGGCGGCGGCCGCGGCGGCGGCGGGCGCCGUGCAGAGAGCAAGGGGCACGCACGCCGGUGCGGCCGCGCUGCCUGUGUUGCGGGCCAAUGCGCAGGAUCACGCGGCGCUUGACUUGCAAGUGUGGUCCCUGCACGCACUGUCAGUGCUCGCGGACGCGUCAGGCCCGAUGUUCCGAAGCCACGUGGAGUCUACACUCAACUUGGCGCUGAAACUCCUAUUCAAUGCGCCGCCAUUCUUAGACGAUUUGCAUCGCACCAUCGGUCGACUGCUCGCCGCUUUGAUUACUGUUGUCGGACCGGAGCUGCAAGUGGUGGCAGUUGGUCGAUUCGUGUGUGCAUGCGCGGCGUUGUGCGAAUCAGGCGGUGGUGGCGCACGCGCCGAGGCGACGGGCUGCCUGCAACAGCUGCAGAUGUUCGCGCCCGCCUGCACCAACCUGCAUACCCUUGUGCCGCAGCUAUGUCGUGAUCUAUCGCAUCCCGAGUUGGUGGUGCGCCGCGCCGCGCUGUGCUGUCUGCGUCAACUCUCGCAGAAGGAGGCUACGGAAGUGUGCAAAUACGCUCUUCUUGCUAAGGACCACGUACCUGCCAAGCCGUAUUGUGGCGUGGUGGUGUCGGAGCAGGGCCUGCCGGGCGCGCUGUUCACGGUGCUGGACGCCGAGCGCGACGCCGCCGCGCGCUCGCACGCGCGCGACGCGCUCGCCUGCUGCCUGCUCGCCGCCGCGCCCGCCGCCUCCGCCACCUCCGCCGGCACGCUGCGCGCGUGGUUACAACUGCUCAAACGCGUGCUCACUGUUAAACACGAGGACAGCAACAACCCAGAUACAGAUUUGGACGCGGAUGGCGAUGACGACCAGGAGGAGUUCCACGCAGAUACAGACCAGUCCACGCAUCCAGCCGUGCAGUCGAGAUGGCCAACUAAGGUAUUCGCUAUGGAGUGCAUCCAGAAAUUGAUAAGCGCUUGUGAAGCCACCGGCGACAGCGCACACUUUGACCUCGUGAAAGCGAAGGAGAAACAGCAAGUAGACCCUAGCGUGGACUACCUGUCGUUCCACCUGUCGGAGCUGGUGCGCAUGUCGUUCGUGGGCGCGACGGGGGAGUCGGACGCGUUGAGACUGGCGGGGCUGCGCACGCUGCAGCUCAUCAUACAGAAGUAUGCGCGUGCGCCGGAGCCAGACUUUGACGGUCAUUUGCUACUUGAACAAUAUCAGGCGCAGGUGGGUGCGGCGGUGCGGCCCGCGUUCGGCGGCGAGACGGCCUCGCACGUCACCGCCGCCGCCUGUGACCUCUGCUCCGCGUGGAUCGCCAGCGGCGUGGCGAGGGACCUCGCCGAUCUACGCAGAGUUCAUCACCUAUUAGUAUCGAGUUUGGACAAGCUCAACACAAAAGGAAACACGACUCUUAUCUACAAUGAAAGCAUGGCGACCCUGGAGAAACUGUCCAUCCUCAAAGCAUGGGCGGAGGUCUACAUAGUCGCCAUGGUCAGCAACAACAGCGCGCCAGGCAGUUACAUCAAACAAAUAGACACGAAACCGAUCAACAACCAAGCAGAGCUCGCCAAGUGGAAGAACCAGCUGUUACAGAACAACAACCAGAUCGACAACGCUUCUGAGAACGACGAGGAAGAGUACGGAGAGUUCGAGUCCAAGGGAGAGAGUCUGUUGAAACUUGUCGAGCCCGAGUUGGAGAGUUUGGGAGAGAACUGGGUGGCAGCGUUGAAGGAUCACGCUCUGUUGAGCUUGCCGCCAGAGUUCGCGUCGCAGCUGCCGCACGGCGGCGGCGCGUUCUACUCUGCGGAGACGGCGGAGGCGUCGCGGCCGCACUACGCGCGCGCGUGGCCGUCGCUGCUGUACGCCGCCGCGCUGCGCUACAACGCCGGCGCGCACCUGCCCGCCUCCACGCACUCAGAUAAAACCGACGGCGCUCUCGACAACAGAUCGGCAAAAACCGAAAAUGGCAACUUUGAAUUCUUCGAACCGGUUGAUGAGAGAUUCCACUUGCUGUUUGGUAUCUGCAUGGAAGCGCUGUGUGCCCAAAGGGACAUGAGUGUGGAGAACACAAUAUCAGUGUUGCUGUCACUCAUUACUUUACUGGACGCGCCCGAAAACAGGGCCCGAUUGAUGAAGGACAGGUCAUUGGCGAUAGAGUUGUGCCAAAUCAUUCAUCGCACUGGACUGACGCACUCGAGCAUUGAGGUGUUGUUACUGGCGGCCGAUGUGCUGCGAUUGGUUAUCGAAGGUGCGCGGGAGCAACUGCACGCCGCUAUGCAGGCGAAGAUCAAAGAAUUGGCGCCCGACGAGUCAUCAACAGAAAGCGCGCCAGCCGCAGCCAUCGCAGCGGUACAGACCCUCGGAGAAGGCGGACCUACGGGGGACCUGCCCCCCGGCAAGUCCGUAGUGUUCGCGUGCCUGGAGGCGUGCGUGUGGCUCGCGGCUCGAAGGACCCCGGCAUUAGCGCCCGCGGGAAGAGCCCGACCCGCCGCCCAGCGCAGGGCUACAGGGCCCAAGGGAGAUGCGCUGUUGGUCAAGAGUCUGGCUGCGGUGGCGUUGCUGCCGACUCUCACGAGUCCUCAUGGCGCCCUCUCGAUCCUGCCGACGAUCCUGUACCUGGCGACGGAGGUGUUGCGCGAGAGCAAGGAGUCGAGCACGGUGGCGGACGCGGGCAUCCUGCUGCUGCAGAGCGGCGCCGAGUGUCGCGCCGUGUCGCUGCACGACCACACGCGCGAACACCACGCGCGACUCUUGCACAGCGCGCUCGCCAAACUCGUCGAGAGGGUCAAGAGCGACGAUCCAGAGCAACGUAUAGAUCCGAUCACGGGCGCACGCGCGAUGGCGGUGUUGCUGAACAACGCCGAGCCCGUAGCGCCGCUACACUAUCCCUGCAUCAACCACUUCCGGCAGUGCCUCGAGACCAGUGAUAAUGAGGUGUUCGCCCGGUGCUGCGCGGUGCUGCGCGCGGUGUGGUCGGGCGGCGCGGCGGCGCGCGUGUCGUGGUGGGCGCGCGGGCUGGCGGCGCGCGUGGUGGCGCGCGCGGCGGCGGCGCGCCGGCCCGCCGACAUGGCGCACACGCGCGCCGCACUGGCGGCGCUCGCCGCGCUCGACGACCUGCUCGACGCCGCGCCGCACUCAGCGCGUAUCCAGCUCCUGUGGCUACUAGUGCCGAUAGUGAUCUCGUACUUACGCGAGAGCAGCGAGUUGUCCCGCGCGCCGGCGCACGUCCGCGCGCUGCACGAGUUCGCGCUGCAGUGGCUCACUAGGGUCGGUCCCAAGUAUCCGCAGGAAUUCAAAACAAUGAUGCAGCAGUCCGCCGAGCUGCGCAACAAACUGGAAUGCGCUCUAAAGGCGAAUCAAGCGAACACGCGCAUCAACAAGGCGCAAGCGCAGAGGCCAGUGUUCGACGCCAAACCCGCCAAGCCUACUAUUCAACUCAAAACAGAUUUCAGCGACUUUAGAUAAAUAUUUAUAAACGAAACGUUGAUUAAAAGUGGUUACUGACCCGUCGUAUUGACGUAAUAAACUGACAUAUACUUCCUUGACAUAAAUUGUCACUACAUAAUAUUGGAAAGAAACUUGACCAAGCUAUAAUUAUACCGAGACGUUUUUGUGACAUUGACAUUAAAAGAUAAUCCGGGGCCUGUUUUAAGAAGCCCAAGAAAGUCUUAGUAAAAUAUAAGAACUAAUUAUCUAGCAUGUGAUUAAAUUUAACACCAGCACACAUCAAGCACACAUCGACAUUUGACGCCCGGGAUCUGAAGCGUACGAUUCCGUCACAAAUUAUUAUGUCGAAGGCCUCCUAGCCUCAGCCUCAACUAAAUUACUGUCUCCAAAUACGCGGGCGUAAUUAAAAUACACGCAUACGGAAGUUUACGUAAAAUGAACUCUGAUUCAAAAUGUUAUUUUUACUUUUAAGAAUUAUUUUAAAAUAUAUGUCGAGCAUAACCGUUAUUUUAAAAUAUUUCUUAUAAAAUCCAAUCCCCACAGAAGUUAUUCAAAUUUUAAUAGUCUUAUUUUAACAAUUUUAAUUCAGACCACGUAAACUAUAGCGCCUUAAAACAUGUAUUAAAUUGACGAUCUACCCAUUUAAUAUCUUUACUUAUUAUAAAAAAAAGUUUGAAAGCGAUAAAAUAAAAAACUACCAAACAGAUUUCGAUGAAAUUUUGUAUGUAGAUUGAGAUCUAAGCAAGGACAUAUGCGAGUAGAUAUAUAGCGUGACUUCCUUCCGAAAAAGAAAAUCGCGGGUGAAGCCGCAGGCGAAAGCUAGUUUAUAAUAAAAUUGCCACAGUCAAAUUAUAAGAAUUCUAAAGUGAUACAUGACGUGCAUAGUGCACUAGCAUGCAGUACUGCGUAUUUCAAAGUUCUGGAUAGCAUUGCUAUUGUUUUUGAGCAGGCGUGAUAUUUAACGUCGAUUAAGCCAGUACUUGGCAUUUACUUUGAAACAAAUAAUUAAAAAUUUAAAUAAUGUAAUUAAUAUAAAUUAUAGUAGUAUAAUAUUAAAUCCUAACAAUAUACUAUACUAAAUAUUUAGAAUUUAAUUAAUUGCGUAGACAAUACCUUGUAUUAAGUAACAUCAUCUAGAAUACUGCACUAUUUAAAUUACCUAUCUCGAAUAGUAAGAUUCAAAUUUUUAAUACUCGUAGCAGAACCUAGUCAAAAUGUAAAAUGUAUUGGAAUUAUAUUAUUAGGUUCUUAAAUAUUCUUACCAAAAACCAUUAAUAAGCGUUAUUUCACUAAUUGUAAUUGUGUCGCAUAAUUCGGGUCAGAUCAUAAUAGACAAAAGAUUAUUUAAAUGUUUUUCGGCACUACACGGCUAAAUGUAAUUUCUAAAUGCUUAAUAAAUGAACUAUAAUGAUUUUCUGUUUACGUGAAUGUUUGAUAGCGAAAUAACAUAUAAUAAUUUCAUUGCUUUCGCGACAUCAAAAUCGAAACUUGGGCUUUUCGGACGGGUAAUACCUCAAUCCGUCGCGUCACCAAGAAGCCUAUAAAGUCUUCGAAACGUUUAAAAAAUUGCGAUAAAAUACGAAAAAUAGUUUCGAUUCGAUAAAUUAAUCAUUUUUUAAAUUGUUAAUAUUUUUUAACUUAGAACUGAUAUUGUUUUGAGGUAUGCAAUUUAGGAAUUAUUUUAUAGACAAUGAAAAUUGUGUGAAAUAAAAUUUAAUUAACAGUUGUUCACUGCCCAGUUAUCAAACCCAGUGUACAAUUUGCAUGACAAUUUUAUCUACAAUAGAGCAUUUUAUACUGUUAGACUAAUAGACAUUUGUCAGAAAUUUUGUCAAUAGCAUAUAGUAAGUUUGUUCGAAAUAGAAAAGUAACUGAAGUUCCUAAUUAAUUCUGUCGUUGUGCUUACCAAAUAUAUUUCUCCAGUCUUAGACUGUGUACUAACUAACCAAUAAUAAUUAUUAAUGUAAAAAUUUAAAGGUUUGAGAUGUUUGAGUGUUUGUAACAAGUAACACCUGAAUGGAUUUUUAUAAAAUCAGGCUGGCUAAAGUUAGCUUUAUCAUCGUAGGGUAUAAUAUACUUUUGGCACUCAUUUAAAUUUUACAAAGAUUUAUAAUACUUUGAAUUGCGGUUGUAGAAAAUUUACGGCUUAUAUAAAUAAGAUGUAAAAUUAUAAUAGUGACAAAAGGCUAAUUAAAACGUGUUACUGACGGUAGACACACUCUAGAAUUGAAAUAUUUAGAUUUUGUUACAUGUAUAAAAAUAAUACAUUAUUUUUUUUAAAUAAUUUGAGUCGAAGACAAAACAGAACCGAACUCAGAGGAAGAAUACAUCGCUUACAAUCAGAGGCUUGAAUAUACUUGUGCAAAAAUCUAAAUCGAUAAUAUCUUUAUUGUUAAGACAAAUUCUCUUAAACGUUGAUGUCUUAUCCCAGUGUCCAAAGCCGAGGUUCGUAGCUUGUUAAUGCUUUGCCCUUAGGUCGUUUAACUUUCAAGGGUUGCAAGCGUCUAAAGCGCUCACCUAAAAGCCCGGUAUCUUUGUAUAAGCCGGCUCUUGCCAGGCUUGCCAGUCGUGGAUAAAAAAUGGGCAAAUUAUUUCACAAAUGGAAUUGAUGUACAAAUUCAACGUCAUUCCAUCAGAGUAUUCCGCUUUCAAUUUCAUUCUUAUUUAGAAUAGUUAUAGAAUAAUGUAAGGGAUGUCUGCGAACGAUACGAUUAAAUGUAAAAGAUGUAAUCAGAGUAAGAUAAAAUAUCUGUAGCCACAGGCGUAUUUAUAAUUACUGUGAUAGGUUUUAAAGUUGUCUGGAUUUUAUUGCCAAAUUAUACACUGCCUCACACUUCCAAUAUGAAGGGGCGAUAAUAGAAUUAUUUAUUUUGGUUUGCAAUCGACCGAAUUUAGAAUUAUAAUUAGAUCUAGAAUUCCGUAUUCUAAAUAUAGACUGAUUUUUAUUUAUCAGCUUAUUUUGAUAGUUAUUCGUUCAAAAAUGUCUUUAGAUAUUGUAUUUUGGUAAUAGUCGGUCGCUUGCGAUAAACAUUACAAGGAACGAAAAUGCAUAUUUCACAAUGUAUUUGUAGUUUAAUAUUAUUAUAUUAGAUUAUCUAUACGUAAUAAAAUAUUAAUAUACAUUA